UGUUCGCGGCGGAACUCAUCGCCCGGCUGGAGAAGGUUAAACAGGAACAAGAAACCAUGAACACGCUGGAGGAGCGGCUGCAGAAGGAUCAAAGAGGAAGAAGAGCAAGAAGAAUGUGAAUCUCCCAUCUGCUUCCAGCCCGCCCAGGACGCCUCUGUCCCAUCUCAUCAGCCGCUGGCUGUGUGUAUCUUCCGCCCCUUGCGAGGAUGACCCUCAAGCCAUCUUAGAUGACCACUUAUCCCGAGUCCUCAAGACGCCCGGCUGCCAGUCCCCAGGCGUAGGCAGAUCCCGCUCUCCCGACCGUUCUCGCCUUCUGCGGCCUUCACUACCAACUACAGCACUUUCAACUCCCUGUCCUCUGCUGGCCAAGAGCUUUGUCACCAAGCAGACCACCAAACACAUCCAUCACCACUAUAUCCACCACCACACCAUGCUAAAGACGAAGGAGGAGAUCGAGGCAGAGGCUGCCCACAGGGUGCACUGUCUAUGUGCCGGAUCCACCGACUACUGCUGCUAUAUGAGGAACCGGGCGAACACCAAGAGUGUGGACCUGUCCCUGCUACACGUGGACAGCACAGGCAGUCGGGCCGGAACCUUAUCCAGAAGGAACUGCAAGACCAUGUCAGAAAUUUCGUUGGAGGGCAUAGAUGGUGCGACCAUUAUAUACCAACUACCGAUGGAAGGACACGUACCACCAACGUGGCAGCGGGUGGUGGAGUCCGAGACAGAGAGACCGUGCAAACACAGAUCUCACAGUGUGCAGAGCACCAAGAGGAGUGCAGUGGCCUGUGAGACCCCUCGAGCGUCCUCGGCGGAGAGGCCGGCCCGCCAUCAUCAGUGGUUCAGUGGAGUCAGCCACCCUCGUCCAUCCAGUCAUCCUCUGGUCCAGGACUUGGCCGUGUCAUCGCCCAGCACUCUGGCUCAGCUAGAAGAGGCCUGUCGAAGGUUGGCGGAGGUUUCCAGACCCUCAAAGCAAAGGUGCCCAUCCAGCAGUCACCAGCGGAGUCACUCAGUGCCCUGCCAGCCGGGAACUUCCACCCCCCAGCAUGAAGACCAAAAAGAACCAAAGAGACAGCCGGCCGCCCCUCCCCCUGGAGAGCUGACGGUGACAUAUUUCUUCUGUGGGGAGGAGAUCCCAUACCGGCGGAUGCUGAAAACGCACAGCCUGACGUUGGGUCACUUCAAAGAGCAGCUCAGCAAAAAAGGAAAUUAUAUAGGUACGAAGCCAGCACUAUUCCCGUGU